UAAUUUCGUUGUUUAUAAUCUUUUAUAUGGAGUUUUACAUCAUUAGAACGAAAGAAAAUCUUCGUUAUUAAUAAUUAUAAAUUAAAUAAUUCGAAAAGUAAUAUUCGUCUUAGAAUAUUAUGAAUCGAUUAGUUCAAAAUUGUUUUUCUUUUAUACAAAAUAAUAUCCAUCAUUCUAAUGGUUAUGAAAUUUUAUUGGUUACUUUUUCGAUUUAUAACUACCAUUCGUUCUAGGACACCGUACAAUUCUAUUUACUAAACUGUUUUGGUUCUAUUGGAAUUCUAAUACUAUAGGGAUUGUACAAAUGGUAUUGGUUGGUUUAUUGAUUUUUGACUACGUGAAUGUAAAGAAUUUUUUUUUUUUUUUCAAGCUUCCUGUAAAUUUCAUUUACUCUUAUUAAGAUGUUUGAAUUGUUUGUUUUUUCUCUUUAAUAAAUUUACGUUUUUAUAAUUUAUAUUGAUUUACUUUUAUUUAAUUUAAUCACGAUUAUUAGAGAUUUCACUAAUUUGACUUUAUUGGUACGUAAUUGAAAUUUCAGGUAGAUUUUUAGUAUAUAAGCAUGUAUGUUAUCUUUCAGCUUUCUUUCAUUCGUCUCUAGAAGUGGCUGUAUGAGGAAGUGGUUAGUUUUGAAACCAGGUCUGAUUCAAUUGUGAUUAAAAAUGAACAUAUCAAAGCAAAAAUUCUUAUCGGCUUUGUUCGGUAUUUGUUUUGCAAAUUUAAGUUUCUCUAUAAUUCAUUGGUGGUUGAAGUAUAAUGAUAAAAAAAAAAACUAUAUACUUAUCGAUAAACAUACAUUUAAAAAAGUCAUUAAAGUAAAAAGAAAAUAUGUACCCACUAUAUUACAAGAAGUACCCAGGAUAGAGGAAAUGUCUAGUACUUCCAUUAAUUUCGAAGAUAAUAAUUUACAAUAUCCUGAUUGUACGUGCACAAUUACAGGAACUAAAACAAACAUAGAUGUAGCUGUAGCUUUGAUAGAGAGUAAAACAAUAGAUACAGAAAUGAUGAAAACAUAUGAAAUAAUUAUAUCUGCAAAGAAUUAUGAAAAUAUAAUUACACUAUGUGAAAGUAAUUUAAGUGAACUAGAAAAGCAAAAAAAAAGAUAUGUAAAUAUUAUUAUAGAAAAACCAUUAUUAGAUAAUAAAAUGAAAAUACUAAUACAAGGUUAUUUUUUUCAAAUUGUGAAUACAUUUGAUUAUCUUGAAAUAAAGUUAAAAGAACUGAAAUAUAAUGAAAAUGAAGUACUAGAAGAGGAAUAUAUAAGAAAGAAAAUAGAAGGACAAGAAUAUAGAGAAAGAAAAGAAGAAGAAGAGAAACCUAUGAUAAAAGAAAUAAAAGAACAGAAAUAUAACGAAGAAAAAGUGGUAGAAGAGGUUCCUAUGACAAAGGAAAUAAAAGAACAGGAAUAUAAUGAAAAGAAAGUUGAAAAGGAAUCUAUGACAAAAGAAAGCAUUUCCCCUGUCGAUGAAUCUUCUAAAAUACCUAUAAAAACACAAGGAGAAUUAAUUUCAUAUGAUAAAGUAACAUCUUUAGACGUAUAUGUAACAAGAGUGUCUAGUUACCGUUAUAUAUAUUUUCGAUUGGUUUCUGAAAAUGAAGCUUUACGUAAAUUACAUGCUGAUAUGGCGAAAUAUUAUAAAAAUAUCUUAAAUCGCCAAGGCCAAAGAUUGGAUACGAUAAAUAGAGGGGAUAUAGUAGCAGCAAAAUGCAAAAAUGAUGGACAGUGGUAUAGAGCUGAAGUAAUAGAUAUAUACAUGACAUAUGUAAAUGUCCACUAUAUAGAUUCUGGCUAUAAAAAAAUAAUACACCAAUAUAAUGUAUUGGGAAUUCCAAAAAAAUUUUUGCAACUUAGAGCACAAGCAAUUCGAGGUGGACUAAUCUUUAUUGGAUCGCAUAAACGGGAAAGUGGAUCACAAAACCAAAAGAAAAGAAUCAAAGAAAUAAUUAACCCAUCUGACGAUAACAUCGUUCGUAUUCGGGGUUAUGAAAGAAGAUUAGAGUCUUUAGGAAAAUUGUAUCCUAAAAAUUCACCAUUUCCACUAAUCGAGCUCUAUAAUAAGGGUGGAUCGGUAAAUGAAAAUUUGGCCUCGAAAGGUUUGGCACAUAUAAUGAAUGAGGAAUAUCCACAUUGUUAUGUAAUUCCAUGGACUUUUACAAAAUUUUCAAACGAAACAUCUAAUAAUGAACCUAUUCAGACAGAACCGUCUAAUAAUGAAUUUGAUCUAUCUAAAGAAAUAUAUGUUCACUCUGAUGAUGAAGAUCAUAUAGAUAAAUGUGGUAAUCCGGAAUUCAUUAAUCACGAUUCCAAAUAUGCAUUCCCAGACGAUGAUAAUGGUGGUUGGUAUAGUGUAGAAGUAAGCGAUGAGGAAUAUUUUGACAAUGGAGACUGGUACCGUCGGAACGGUUAUAUAAAAGAAUUUAUUAAUAUUGGAGGUGAAAGAUCUGAAGUAAAAAUGAUGCUAGAAUUGGAAGAAUUGCUAAAGGAAGAUGAAUUCCAGUUAUAUCGCAGAAAAGAUUAUGAAGAUAUUCCUGUAGGUCAAGACAACCAUCUUUAUUUCCCAGGAAGUCGUUUUACCAAAGUGGAUGGUGUACGAGUAUUUGAUGACAGACCAACAUCACAGCGAGUACCAGAAAUAAUGCAUAUAGUAAAAGAUGUUCUAAGAUCAAAAAGAGGAUACGAGAGAAAUGAAAAUAAUAAAUUAAUUAAAACGAAUGGCAAAAGUGAUAUAAAAAAAGAUUCUGAUCAUAUUUGUAAAAACAAAAAUAAAUAUUAUAAACUUAAAAAUUCAAAUGAAAAAACUGGAUUUGAGAGUGACAUAUCCGAUGAAUUCGAUGGACUUAAAUUAAAUUAGAUAUGUCUACUAUAAAAAUUAAAUCUUCACAAUGUAAAUAGAAACGAAAGAUUACAGAGUACAAGUGUCAGUGUAUUCGUUGCCAUCUAUCUUAUAUACUUAAUGCUAAUAGUAAUGUCUGAUAUAGAUGGUAAAUUAAACAACAUUUUUAUAUGUAAGAUAUUUUUAUACGAGAAUUUUACAUUUAUCAAGUGUUUACAUUUAAUACUUUCUUGCAAAAUUUAUGAUGACAAUGUUGUAAUGAAGUAUUAAAUAUUUUAUAUAUAUAUAUAAUUAUAAUUAUAUAUAUAUAAUAUAUUAGGUAAAUGAAAUGCAAGAUAAUUUAUCU